AUGGACUCCUGCUACGACGAGGAGACGGGCACCCCAAGCCGCUGCUUGCCAAAGUUUGAAAAUGUGGCCUUCAAUCGGAGCGUGGAGGCGUCCAACCAAUGCGGAUCCCCACCCGAGGACUACUGCACGCAGAUGGGCUCGGCAGCGCGCUCGUGCCACCGCUGCGAUGCCUCAGACCCCGACUUUAGCCACAGCGCCGCCCUGCUGACAGACUUCCACAGGGGCGACGAGCCUACGCACUGGCAGAGUCAGUCCAUGUACUUCGGAAUCCAGCACCCGAAUUCUGUCAACCUUACCCUCCAUUUGGGGAAGGCCUAUGAGAUAACCUACAUCCGACUGAAAUUCUACACCAGCCGACCGGAGAGCUUUGCCAUUUACAGGCGCUCUCAAGCCGACGGACCGUGGCUACCGUAUCAGUUCUACAGCGCCUCCUGCAGGGAGACAUAUGGCAAAUCGGUUAAUGGUUUCCUGCACCUGGGGGAUGACGAGAGGACGGCUCUGUGCACGGACGAGUUCAGCGACAUCGCCCCACUCACCGGCGGAAACGUUGCCUUCUCUACCUUGGAGGGGCGACCCAGCGCCUACAACUUCGACCAAAGCCUCGUCUUGCAGGAAUGGGUGACAGCAACCGACCUGCUGGUCUCGUUGGACAGGCUCAACACCUUUGGCGACGAGGUCUUCAAAGAUGCCAAAGUGUUGCGCUCCUACUUCUACGCCAUCUCCGAUUUUUCCGUGGGUGGCAGAUGCAAGUGCAACGGCCAUGCCAGCGAAUGCGUUCGGGCAGAUAGUGGUAAGGAUGGCGAAGGCUUGGUCUGCGCAUGCCAGCAUCACACGGAGGGAGACGACUGCCAGAGAUGUCAGCCCUUCUACCGGGAUAGACCUUGGGCGCGAGCCACCGGGGAAUCGGCAAAUGAAUGUUUGCGUUGCAACUGCAGCGGCCGAUCGGACCGGUGCGAGUUCGAUGUGGAGCAGUACCGCAGCACAGGCAGCGGGGGGCGCUGUCUGGAUUGCCGGGACAAUACGGACGGCGCACACUGCGAGAGGUGCCGGGCCAACCACUACAGGGGGUCGCCUGACCUUCCCUGUCUCCCCUGCAACUGUAACCCCAAUGGUUCGGCUAGCCUGCAGUGCGACAGCGAGGGACGCUGUACGUGCGGCGGCCGAGGUGUGACGGGAGACAAGUGUGACAAGUGUCGCUCGGGAUUCCACUCGCUGGCCCCAGGUGGCUGCAGGCCGUGCGAUUGCGCCCCCGGUGGUAGCGUGGGCGCCUGCUCACCGCUGGACGGCAGCUGUCACUGCAAGGACAACGCCGAGGGAGGGAGCUGCGACAGGUGCAAGCCAGGCUUCUUCAACCUGCAAGAAAACAACCCGGCCGGCUGCCAACCGUGUUUCUGCUUCGGCCACUCGCUGGCCUGCUCCUCGUCCAAUCACUAUGUGGCCGUCAACAUCACUUCGGAUUUCAUGGAAGAUCAGGACGGCUGGCUGGGCGAGUUCUCGGGGGGUCGGCUCGAGCCCUUGCUGUGGAAGGAAGGCGAAGUCUACUUACUGCCUCUCUCCGAGGUGGACCCCGGAUACUACAGAGCCCCGGACAAAUUCCUGGGAGAUCAAGGCCACACCCACAACCAGCCGCUCUUCAUCACCUUCACCUCCGAGACUCCAGAACUGCUUCCAGAUCACGUGACCGUGCUCCUGGACGGCGCCGGGCUCACACUCGCCGCUGAACUCGCGCCCGGCCCAGUGCAUCACCAGGAAGUCACACCGACAAAAACCUUUGUCGUCAGGCUCGUCGAAAGCCAGAUGACGCCCAAAGUAUCCGCCCUGGAGUUUGGACGUCUCCUGCGCAAUGUGACAGCGCUACGCGUCAGCAAUGCAGGAGGACUGAACUAUACCUCCCAGCUCUCCGGGGUGAGUUUGUCCUCAGCGUCCCCCACUGCUGACCCAACAGCACCCCCUGCCCCCUGGGUGGAAAGCUGCACCUGUCCCACUGGCUUUCUGGGUCAAUUCUGCGAGCGAUGCGCACCCGGGUUCACCAGGGAGGUCCCAGGUGGCGGACCCUUUUCCACGUGUAUCCCGUGCGACUGCCACCAGCAUGGGAUUUGCCACCCGGAAUCCGGUGAAUGCAAGUGCUCGGACUUCACUGACGGACUCAGCUGCGAGCGCUGCCUAGAAGGUUACUACGGCAAUCCUUUGAUUGGCACGCCAGGCGAUUGCCAACCUUGCCCUUGCCCCGGCGGAAGUAGCUGCGUUCACGUAGCGGAGACCGAUACGGUGGUCUGCACCAACUGCCCUGCCGGUCAAACGGGAACUCGCUGCCAGAUGUGCGACGACGGUUACUACGGCGACCCAUUGGGGCAUUCGGGCAGGACGCGAGAGUGCAGCAGAUGCGACUGCAGUGGCAACGUGGACCUCAAUGCGGUGGGCGUGUGCGACCGCCUGACCGGACGUUGCCUGAAGUGCACGGGGAACACCGAGGGCGACCGAUGCCAGAACUGCCGCCGAGGUUACUACGGCGACGCUCGCAGCAACAGGCCUGGACUUAAGUGCAAGCCGUGUAACUGCGAUCCUGCGGGAACCUCGGACCACGCCACAGAGUGUCACCCUGAGACGGGAACCUGCGAGUGCUUGAACUACGUGACCGGGCGCGACUGCAGCCGCUGCGAGGAAGGCUUUUUUAAUCUCCGUCACGGCAAGGGUUGCGAGAGGUGCGAGUGUCAUCCCAUCGGUUCAUCAUCCGCCGCCUGCCACCCGAUCACAGGACAGUGCUCAUGUCGAGGGGGUGUGGAGGGGCGUUUGUGUGACGUUUGUCGAGCGGGAUUCUUUGGAUUCUCUUCACGAGGAUGCAGAGCCUGCGAUUGCGACCCCAUGGGUGCCGUCUCCAUGCAGUGUCACGCUAAUGGCACGUGUACGUGUCGGCCUGGCUUCACCGGCUCCAAGUGUAACAAAUGCCAGCCUAACUAUUUCCACAACAGAGGCACACACCAGUGCCAGGAGUGUCCAGCCUGCUACGGAUUGGUGCAGCAAGAGGCGGAGAAGCUGAGGACACGCCUGCGGGACACAGAGGAGCUCCUGGCUCGCUUCGAUUGCCACGGCCGAUUGGGGACGCGCCGUACUACGCCAGGAAAUCCAGAAGACGGAAUCCACCAGAACCAACGGGACAGAGAAGUGCUUCCCAAUGCGCUGGAGGAAUUUCUAGCCUUCCAAGAGACUCGGGAGGCCUUCAUACAACAAUUCUCCUCACUGGAGGUGUCCACGGGCGCACUGGAGCUCCAGCUGCGCCGUUUGGUAACCACCUUUAACUGCAGCGUUAGCACCAAAGAAGAAGAAAAGAAGUUUGGAAGCAUGUGUCAGAUUUUAUCUGAGAUGGCGCUGGUUGUCGGCGAGUCUCAAGCGGAAUUGGAGCAGGCCACAAAAGAUCUGGAUACUUUGAUAAUACCUUUUGAGGUCGAGUCAGGACCAAACCAGUGGAAGACGAUGGUUAACGAAUCUCAAGUUCUUAACAAAAGCCACGGAGAUGCCGCAGAUUACAUCGAGGCCGUGGCCGAAAGGGCGCUCGCCGCUUCAAAGCGCAACUUUGCCUCGCUGAUGGAGCUCCUACAGGACAACUCCACUGACGAGUAUGUUGUGGACCUGACGCAACGGAUGACGCUGAUGCGGCAGAAGAGGCAAAACCUGACCACUUUGGUGAACGAAAGUGUUGCCGAUGACGAGGCCCCAAAAAAUAACGGUGACAGGCUGCGCGUCGUUCUCGCCGAUGUCACGUCGCAGCUCAAUCGCAGGGCUGGCGGCGACGAGCUCACCAUGGUAAGUCCGCCAAGCACCAAAAAGACGAGGGCUGUGCCCUGGACCAUUUGUGCCACCAACAACCAGUCCUCAGGGAAAGGACGAGGAGAUGUGCCACUGUCCCCCACACCUGCCCCCACCACCACCACAAACCCCCGUCUGACGUGGCACACCGCGGGACCCCCACGUCCCACUAGGCCCGAAGAAGGAGAGGAUACCCACCCGAAGAUGGUGACACGCUGCUGCCCUGCCGGCACCCAGUUGGUGGUCUGCGCCGGGGCCCAAGGAGGACACCUGGGUAGAAAGGGGACAGGAAGGCAGAAGCAGGAGAACGCCGAAAGACUGCCAGCCUACAAGUCCGAGGUUCCCUUUAAAAGGGUGGCUCCCGCGGCCCGGGCCCCACCCGCCAGAACAGCCGGCCCCAGGCGUGGCAACUCCUUGUUAAAAAAGAGCAAAGAACUGGAUGAAAGCAUUAGAUCCAAAGACGACCUCAUCGGCAAGAUCACCGGCGACACUCGGUCCCUGGUAGAGGUCAUCGGCAACAAGCAAGAAGUUCUGAACGGCGUUACGGAGCUGCAAGCCCGUGCUCGAUGGACUAAACUGGUCUCCUUGGCUUCGGUGGUGGCGGGAAAAGCCGCAGAGUCGGAAGAAAUCAGCUUGGACCGUGACUUACAAAACAUGGCGCGCGAGUGGCCUCGUCUGCAGGCCCAGACGAGGGCCGCCUUAAAGAAGAAGAAGCCCCUGGAAGACAAAGUUCUGGCCGGCGUCACCAACCUGGCGUCGGAGAUCCGAGAAAUGUUGCGGCCCGCGCGGGAAAAUUCCCGUCUGGCCAAGAAUGCCUCGCGAGAAGCGGAACAGACCGCUGGCACAGUGGCUGAGGAGUCGAAAUUGGUGCUGACGCAGGCCAAGCACACGAAGACGGCUUGCGCUCACCUUAGCUCGCACGUAGACUCCGCCUUGCAAAGUCUGGCUGCACAGACGGCGAUGGCCCAGAACGCAAAAUCUCACACCGUCGCCGCGGAGCCGGGCCCGCCACUGGCCGAAGUAAAGAAGGACGUGGAGGCGGCCAAGCAGCAGUUGGAGGCCUACUCGCUCACCUUAACUGAGCUCAUCAGCAAAAUUGACGCCAACGUACCUCUGGAGCGUUUCCACAACGUCCUGAACGAGACGGCGCGUCGUCUGACUAUGCUGCGUGGCAGCGUGGAGAGCCCCCUGCUGGGCGCCAAGAUCGGAAGCCUGCGCUCGGCGGCUGAGGGCCAGCGGGGCCGCCUGGCCCUCCUGGAGCGUGACGUUCAGGAAAUAUCGCAGGAGAGGGAUAGUCUCAGGGACAUUGCCCAACACUUGCCGCCCUCCUGCUUGGAAGCAGGCGGGAAGGAGCGCAGCUAA